AAUAGUUCUCUCUCAAAAAUCCCAACCACAAAACCAAACCAAACCAUGUCCACCACCACCACCACCCUCCUCCUCUCCCUCCUGGUCCUCCACUACCUGUCUACCACCGCCAACGGCAUCGGCUUCAACUACGGCACCCUCGGGAACAACCUCCCGCCGCCGCUGCAAGUGGUGAACUUCCUCAAGACGCAGACGACGGUCGACCGGAUCAAGAUCUUCGAUGCUAACCCCGACAUCCUCCGGGCCUUUGCCGACAGCGGGAUCGCCGUGACGGUGACUGUCGGCAACGGCGAGAUCGUGGGCCUGACGGAUCCAAAGGCGGCCCGGCGAUGGGUGUCGACCAAUAUAAAGCCGUUCUACCCGAGAACGAGAAUCAAUUAUAUAGCGGUUGGGAAUGAGGUGAUUCACUGGGGAGAUAAGGUAAUGGUUGCAAACCUCGUACCUGCUAUGAAGAGUCUUUACCAUGCUCUGCUUCUUGAGGGCAUCAGGGAUAUUAAGGUUAGAACAUCAAUCUAGUACUUUUCUGAUCAUCUGU